CCCCCCCCCCCCCCCCCCCCCCCCCCCCCCCCCCCCCCGCCAUUUUGUGGCCGAGCAUUGCCCGCCGAGGACCGACGCCGCGGCGGAGCUUUCCGCCUUUCCCCCGCCCUCUUGCGCUCCCACUCUAGCGGCGCCUCGGCCUGCCCCGCGCAGCCAUGUCCUCCAGCGCCAGCCCCGAGUACGCCUCCUUCUUCGCCGUGAUGGGCGCUUCGGCCGCCAUGGUCUUUAGCGCCUUGGGAGCUGCAUAUGGAACAGCAAAGAGUGGCACAGGUAUUGCAGCCAUGUCUGUCAUGAGGCCUGAGCUGAUCAUGAAGUCCAUCAUCCCUGUGGUCAUGGCGGGUAUUAUAGCAAUCUACGGCCUCGUAGUGGCAGUGCUCAUUGCCAAUGCCCUCUCACCUGAAAUCACGCUAUUCAAGAGCUUCCUGCAGCUGGGUGCUGGCCUGAGCGUGGGUCUCAGCGGUCUGGCCGCUGGCUUUGCCAUCGGCAUUGUGGGCGAUGCAGGUGUCCGGGGCACAGCACAGCAGCCCAGGUUAUUUGUGGGGAUGAUCCUCAUUUUGAUCUUCGCUGAAGUCUUGGGUCUCUAUGGCCUCAUUGUUGCCCUUAUCCUCUCCACGAAGUAAAUGUUGCAGUAUGAUGUAAAGAGAUGUAACAAAUCUACAUUUAACAAAAAAAAGCUCCAGAAUGAAAAUGGUUUCUCCAAUGUGUACAGUUGUCCCAAUUUGGUAGUUGAUCUCUUGUAAAUGCGCAAUAUCUGUUAGUGACUCGUCUGUCCUGUGUGUACUUCAAUAUUAACUUGGAUGGGCUGCUCCAGGCCUGCUGCAUGGCUUGGGGUGGCCUACGUGCAAUUUUCCACCCAUUGCUGUUAGUAUUUUAUGUAUAAAUAUGAACUAGAAAUGUAAUUUUUUCUCUUCACUGGAUGUUUAUUUAUAAAAGACUUGACAUGUUCAUACAUCUAUGGAGCAAGGAUUUUCAAUUUCCCAUGCUAUAUAUAUUAAUCUUAUAUAUAGGUAGAUUACACUGUGGGGUCAAUUGUAAGUGCAGAGAAUUCCUUGGAUGUAAUUUUGAUUCUAAAGAUUGCUGUAGUGUCCUGGUAUUGGAGUAUGAGAAUUUUGUGUUUUAUUACAGCAAUUGUUCGAAACACUCCUGUGUUUCAAUAGUAACUGCAUAUGCUCCGGCAUCAGUCGUGCACCCAGUGUUGGGUUACAAACUUCUACCAUGUUUCCAAAUAAAACUUCCUCACUACAUUGC